GAUGCGUCUCCACUUUGCUCUGUGCGUAAUGGCCCUGGUGCUCGCCUCUUCUCCUCUGCUUACCGAGGGGAGGAUAACCAAACGUUUCGCCAUCGGUUGCCCGGAGAAGUGUGACAAGUCUCAGUGUGCACCGAUCCCUGCAGACUGCCUGGCCGGUGACGUGCAGGACCGGUGCGACUGCUGCCCGGUGUGUGCGUCCGGAGAGGGUGAGCAGUGCGGGGGCGCGGAUGACCGAGAGUGCGCCGAGGGGAUGGAGUGCAUGGUGAGCGACGGCGUGGAGGUGUCCGCCACCGUGAGACGGAGGGGAAAGGCCGGUGUGUGUGUGUGCAAGACCACCGAGCCGGUGUGUGGAAGCGACGGCGUCUCGUACCGGAACAUCUGCGAGCUGAAGCGGGUCAGCAACCGGGCCAUGAAGCUGGAGCAGCCGCCGGUGAUUUUCAUCCAGAGAGGAGCCUGCGGGAAAGGUCAGCAGAACCCAAACAGCCUUCGUUACAAAUACAACUUCAUCGCUGACGUGGUGGAGAAGAUCGCACCUGCUGUCGUUCAUAUUGAACUUUACCGCAAGAUGAUUUUCACAAAGCGGGAGGUAGCGGUCGCCAGUGGCUCCGGGUUUGUUGUGUCAGAAGACGGACUCAUCGUCACCAACGCUCACGUGGUCGCGAAUAAGCAUCGAGUAAAGGUGGAGCUGAAGAGUGGAGCAACAUUCGACGCCAAGAUCAAAGACGUGGAUGAGAAGGCCGACAUCGCUCUGAUCAAGAUCGAUACACCUAUGAAGCUGCCAGUCCUUCUUCUCGGCCGCUCAGCAGACCUUCGGCCCGGUGAGUUCGUGGUCGCCAUCGGCAGCCCGUUCUCCCUGCAGAACACCGUCACCACCGGCAUCGUCAGCACCACUCAGAGAGGAGGCAAAGAGCUCGGCCUCCGAAACUCCGACAUGGACUACAUCCAGACGGACGCCAUCAUCAACUACGGAAACUCAGGAGGACCAUUAGUCAAUCUGGACGGGGAAGUGAUCGGCAUCAACACUCUGAAGGUCACGGCAGGAAUCUCCUUCGCCAUCCCGUCGGAUAAGAUCAGACAGUUCCUGGCAGAGUCACAUGACCGGCAGUCCAGAGGUAAAACGUACAUGAAGAAGAAAUACAUCGGUGUCAGAAUGAUGACUCUCACUCCAACGCUGGCUAAGGAGCUGAAGGAGCGGCAGUCAGACUUCCCUGAUGUCACUUCAGGCUCUUACGUCAUCGAGGUCAUCAGCCGGACUCCAGCUGAGUCAGCUGGCCUGCAGGAGAGCGACGUCAUCAUCAGCAUCAACGGCGAGCGCGUCACCUCGGCCAAUGAUGUCAGCGCCGCCAUCAAGCGGGACGAGACGUUGCGAACGGUGGUGAGGCGAGGCAACGAAGACGUCAUCCUCACCAUCGUCCCCGAGGAAGUUGACCCUUGACCUCUCGGCCAUCUCGGUCUGAGCAAACUAUCAACUCAACCAGUAACCAGUCCAACCGACCAAUCCCGAGCUGGCUCUCAAGUGUUUUUCAACCAAUCAUGAACACUUUUGAAAAACCAAGCGACCAAUAGGGGGCUUGUGUG